AUGGCUCAUCGCUCAGACGUGUUCACGUCGAACCCUACCACAUUUCUUGUCGGCAAAGAAGAGGUCCCCAUGGUCGUACAUCAUGGUGUCCUUGCUCCGUUGUCCGACUAUUUUAAAAGACUUCUUGGCGAUGAUUCGGCAUUCAAGGAGGCUGAGGAGAAAACGGUCCUUCUGCCACAAAUCAAACCGGAUGACUUUAGUCGCUUCUGCACAUUCGCGUAUACUGGCGAUUAUGCAGCACCACCAUAUGUCGUCGACGAUGACUGGACCGAAGAGCUACAAACCACGCCGGAAUUCCUGGUAUAUACCUCUGCGUCAACGGUGAGCAAGGGGAAGAGAACGACGAAGUACGCGGAUGAGCCGACCGCUGCUCUCUAUCAACCAGUGGUUGGAGAGCAGGACUUUCAUGUCAGAAGACCAGAUUUUGAGAGACGAGCAUAUUGUGCCACUACCCCGUACGAGGAUUAUCGCCAAUCAUUUCGUGUUGCUCCUCAUAGUGCCGGAGCAGAAAAAGCAGAGCACGUCUUCCUUGCCCACGCGCGGCUCUACGCAUUCGCCAAAGAGAAGAUGGUGGACAGUCUUAUCAGUCUCAGUCUUCAAAAGCUGCAUAAGACUCUCGCAGUCUUUACCCUGGACCAAAGACGUUACCAAGAUAUUCUAGCGUUAACUCGAUUUGCGUUUAGUGAGGAUUAUCCUGAGCUGCAGGAUAUGGUGGCGUUGUAUCACGGUGCACAUUUCACCAAGAUUGGACGCUUUGAAUCGUUCUACUCUAUCUUGUGUGAAGAGGGACAUCUUGGUGCAAACUUGUUGCGAUUAUUCUAUGAGAAUAAAAGACAUUGA